AUGAGUUCGACCAAAGUCAAGCCCGCCGCUCUCUGGAGCAAGAACAAGGAGGACCUCAACCAACAGCUCAUCGAGCUCAAGGGAGAGCUGAUCAGCUUGAGGACUUCGAAGGUCGCCGGUGGUGCCAGCAGCAAGCUCACGCGCAUCCAUGAUGUCCGCAAGGGCAUUGCCCGCGUCCUGACCGUCAUCAACGCCAAACAACGCGCACAACUCCGCAUCUUCUACAAGGGCAAGAAGUACCUACCGUUGGAUCUCCGCCCCAAGGAAACCCGCGCACGGAGGCGAAGACUCACAGCCCACGAGGCCGGCAAGGUCACCGAGAAGCAGAAGAAGAAGCAGACGCACUUCCCCCAGCGCAAGUAUGCCGUCAAGGCAUAG